AUGUUUACUGAUUUUCAUCACGUGACCUUUAUCAUCAUUGAAAACCUUUUUGGUAAAUUAUUUGUCAGUUCAUUUCAUUUGAAAGCUCAGAAGAGCUUUUCCACAGAUCAUUGGACAUGUCAUUUCGAGCUUAAAAUGUCAAAGGCAAAACAUGGCACUGCGAAUGGGAUUAAAGCGAUGGAAAAAAGAGAUUUCCAAUUUUAUGCUGCAGAUAAAGAAAAGAUGAAAAGGACGCCUAUCGAUGAAAGAUUGAGGAAAAUAAAAUCUUUUAGCUUUCUUUAA